AAACAUAACGGAAGCUGCUGCUGUAAACAAAGAAUAUAUAUAAUGAGUAUCCCACACCUCCUUUGAUUCGAUUCUAUUUUUUCCUGAUUGUUAUCACCAACUCUCUCAACUACCUAAAAAUCCCUCUGACAAUCAACCAAAUUCAAUCAAUUCUUAAACCACAAUUCGGGAAUUAUGAUUCGAUUUUUAUCGAAUUCAAAGGUGCUCCAAUUCUAUUUCAUCUGUUCAAUCUCUCUAAUCUUCCUUCCAGGUAUAUUUUCAUCUGGAGCAGUUGUGACACUACAAUCAAUACAAAUCUUCAAGACUCAUGAAUGGUUAAACAACAAACCAACUGUCUAUUUUCGAUGUCAAGACGAGAACAAGACAGUUUUACCAGACGUAAACACGGCACACUCGUUAUAUACUUUCAACGGCGAAGAGUCCUGGCAGCCGUUGACAGUGUUGGAAAAGAAAUGUAAGAGAUGCGGGUUGUAUGAAGAGGACACAAUAGAAACAGAUGAUAUAUUUGACGCUUGGGAAUUCUGCCCUUCUGAUUUUACAUCUCCUGAAGGGAAUUAUACGCGUUUUAAGGACAAGGAGUUCAAUGCAACAUUCUAUUGCCCGGACUGUGUUGGUCUCGGAACAAGAGUUUUUAAAGGGAAUGGAAUGAAUGUGAUACUAGUGGUAGUCAUUACAGUACUAGUCACAGGGGUAUCAAUAUUUGGAGCUGUGACUGGGUACAGAUACUGGCAGAAAAAGAAAAGAGAACAGGAUCAAGCUCGGUUUCUGAAGUUGUUUGAAGAUGACGAUGAACUUGAAGAAGAAUUAGGUCUUGGACCUAUAGUAUGAUAAACUACAGCUUAUGUCCUGUAACGGUAACCUAUUUUUUGUUUCCUGUAUAAUAGUCUGAGUUAGCAGAGUACAAUUUCGUUUCCAACUUAGGGUUUCACAUUUUCAUUCGUAUACGUACAUGAAUCUCAAAAUGAUAUACUUAUUUUUUCUUUUGUAUCCAAACUCUUCGGUAUGUACAAAUAGAAAAGUUAGAAGUUGACAAGUCAGUGAAAUGUUGUUUUGCCUUU